AUGAACAACCAGAUACCACAACAUGGCGCCAGAGCAAGAUGGCCAGGGGAAAGAGAGCCUGACGGCUCUGAUGCGGAGUCGGCCUACAGGCCUAUAGACGCUUCCUUGACGGCGACCUUCAAGAACGCCAUGUUCGCGAGAACAAGGCUGGAAACGGGGGUUGAAUAUCUACAGAAGGAUGAAUUGAAUCCACUUCUGGUGGCGGAGACGUCAGCUGAGCCGUUGCAUUGGCCUGCCAGCGCUCUCUCGGCGAACGUAUCGGAAGACCAUGGCUUCUCGGCGACCGAAAUCAAAGAGUACGUUGAGCUUUGUACUCGGGAUUUCAUUUCCAAGGCACCCUUCCUUCGAGAUGUGCCUGCGUCAUUGUUCUACCAACUGCCAGCGCCGCUGUACUUCACCCUGGCGAUGGCGUGCAUAGGAGCCAUGUUGGGUGAAUGCUCUAUCGAGAGAAGCUCCAAGUUGUGGUGGUCAUCCUUGAGACUUCUGAUGGGUCAGUUGGAGGUGGAUAACCGCGAGGCUCGCAAGAUGGAAUUGAUCAAGGCAUGGGUCUUGCUCGAGUCCUACGGUCUGUUGAGUUCCGACCGCUUGACGUGGAACCGAACCAGCAUGGCUCACGGCUACGUGGAAACGGCUGUGUGGAGGCUUCUAGAUCAACUCAGAGACUCAGAAGACGACGCAAGAAACCAUCCCAACUUCCUCAGUGCAGAGAAUUACUUGAAGUUGGCCAUUCGUUUCUUCCCGGUCGGUGUUCUUGAGCUGACACCGAAGACUAGGCCGAUCGUAUCAUACUUUGCCGUCGUUGAUCUACUGCGAUCGUACCAUUUCAGUCAAGCUUCGAAUUUAUCAGCUCCAGAGGUCUUAUGCAUCGUCAACCCUCAACGGCCAAAGACGGCCUUGGGCAACGAUCCGCAAGGUUUCCCAAAUAACUCGAAAUCAGCGCUCACCAGCCUCGUUGGCAUAAUGGGCCGCGUUCACACUCUUGCCCUGGUUUUCAAUCCUCUGCUGCGAAUACCGGCUGAUCGUGUGAUGAGCACAGCCAGAUGGAAGCCCUGCGACUACAUUCCCUUCUCAGGUGCCAUGGAACUGGCGGAGAUGACCAGCAGACUUUUCAACAAUCUCGACACGUGGCGGCGCGCUUAUUCGGCGACGGCGAAGCCUGAAGUCAUUCUUCUGUGGCACUUUUGCCAGCUCUACCUGAGUCUGCCCGGCCUGCAACUGCUGAUCGAGCUGUCUGGCUAUCCUCCGCGUUGUCCCACUGACGCGUCUGGUAUCGGCAACACCUCGUAUGACGCGUCGGCAAAGCUCGAGCUCGUGACCUAUGACCUCAAAAGAGGGCAGGAAGCAUCGGAGCAUGCUUGGAAAAUACUUGCCCUGAGUUCCGACUGCAGUGAUACUCUGGCCACCGUGAUCUGGAAGCCCCUGGCGUUGUUUUGUGCAGGCCUGGUCAUAUGGGGCAGUAUUUCAGUACAGAAGGAUGGCAGCGCUCAAGCUACCCUCAAAAUUUUGAACCUUUUCGAGGCUGAAAUCUCCAAAACGAAAUCUCCGGGUGCUCGCGAGAUGUCUGAAACGCUGAGGAGGUUAGAGGGAAGACCGCUUGGAAUGCAACCUGGUGGAUGUCUAGAGCUGUAA